CGGCCCCUGCCCCAGGGGGCCCCGCUCGGAGGGAAGGCUGAAGAAUCACAUCCACAUUUCGCUCCAGAUGGGCCCGUCUUCCAGGAGACAGGGAAGGGAAAUGUGUGUGAUGGAGCCAGCUCAGAUGCCGGUGACCUUCGAGGAAGUGGCUGUGUAUUUCACCCAGGGGCAGGGGGCUCUGCUGGACCCCGCUCAGAGAGCCUUCUACAGGGAUGUCAUGCAGGAGAACUACGAGAUGGUGACCUCGUUGGGAUUCCCCCUUCCCAAACCUGAGCUGAUCACCCAGCUGGAACGAGGGGAAGAGCCGUGGGUUCCCGAUCUCCAGGCCUGCAAUGAAAGAAGGCUUCCAAGAUGCACCCUUACAGGUGAGGACUGACACAGAAACCAUCUAGGGAAUGAAUGAAAAAGCUGAGAAUCCCAAAAUAUGGUGUGAGUAAGCACCCUCAGUUCUUCCUCAUCUCAGCCAGGACAGGGCUGCAGUCAUCAAAUAUAGCUCACGCCAUUCCACCCAGCCUCUUC